AUGAAUAAAAUAAGUAAGCUUAAACCAUUUGGCCCAAAACUAGCAAUGGCCCUUAAGAUAACUUGUGUUACCAUGUUAUGCCUUGCUAUACUAGUAGUAGCUCAAGCAAGAAAUGACCUGCAUGACGUUCUGAUGCCAGUAAAAGUGGUACCAGAUGUCGAGCAUCCAGACAGUAUUAGUAGUGACCUUAUAAAACGUAACUGGGCACCAGCAGUUCUAGCAGGCGGGUCAACGUUAUUCGCAGGAAUAGCGGUCAUAUCCUAUCAAUUAACAAAAAUUGCUUGUUCGCCAUCAAUACUAGCCAGACUAGCCGUGUUUACGAUUUCUGUCGGCGUUGAAUAUAUUUUGUUUUGGGCCGGUAUAACAUUGCUAUCAGUAUCUGUACUGUCUUUAUUGGCUUUCCUUUUAUUAGAUAGCUUGAUAAAUCCUUAG